AUGACAACAAAAUCCAACUGCAAUGUUUUGGCUGGCAAAGCUUUGUCCUCUCCUCUUUUGUCCUCUGCUCCUCAUCAACGCUUAGUUACAAAAGAUGGACGCUGUGCACUCAGUCUCCCACCCUGCCCCUCAGACUCAUGGUGUGGGAGAUGGAGCAGAGUCUGGCUGUUGGCCCUGCAGGAUGUGUGGGGACUACUGGUGAGUCUGCGCUGGAGAUGGGUCCUCCUUGCCUUCUGUGCCUCCUUUAUUGCCCAUUGGCUGUUGUUUGCUUGCUUGUGGUACUUACUGGCCCAUCUCAACGGAGACCUUGCUGUGCAAGAUCACGAUCACCCUCCACAGGAUCACGUAGUUUGUGUGAAACACAUUACAAGUUUCACUGCAGCCUUUUCCUUUUCUCUGGAGACACAGUUGACCAUCGGCUACGGCACAAUGUUCCCCAGUGGAGACUGUCCCAGUGCCAUCGCACUGUUGGCUGUGCAGAUGCUGCUGGGACUCAUGCUGGAAGCAUUCAUUACAGCCUACACCGUCAAGAGGCUGCUCCACUCCAGACAGUGGGGUCGGGGCCUACACUACCUGGUGGACUUGGAAGGCUAUGGACCUGAGGAGCGGUCCUGGGUUCCUGCCCAUAAUAUUUUGGAUAAGACCCUCAUUCACAAUUUUCAUAGUUCCCACCCUGACCAGCCUGGAGGUCCGUCAGGAGCCGGACCUUAA